AUGAACCCGGGGAUCACAGUUUUGGGAAAGAGUUUCGUCUGCCAUGAAGUGGUGCUUGUUACCAUCUGCAUUGCUGCCUUGGCAGCUCUUUUGGGGCAACGACUUCUUAAAUUGAGUGAAAUAGCCCUUGCCAACAGAGAAGUGCCUGUAAAACGCCUCCCCAACUGUCACCUAUUAAAGAAUAUAGAAUAUGGAGCAGAGGACUUCACCAUACUUCGAGAUGGACUGGCCAUCAUAAGCACCGGCUUGAAAUAUCCUGGAAUGCCCUCCUUCUCUGAUGACCCAGGGAAGAUCUAUACCCUGGACCUGUUGGACCCCAGACUGAUCCCGUGGAGCUGACAAUCAAAGGAGACCUGGACCGGGACUCUUCAACCCCCAUGGAAUCAGUGUCUACAUUGACGAGACAGAUAAAACCAUCCAUCUGUUUGUUGUCAAUCACCCUCAACAUUACACGAGCCAGCUAGAGAUCUUUCUAUUCGUCGAAAGAGGA